AUGAAAAAAAUCGUCCAGAUCCAUUAUGGUCAAGUGGAACAAACGGACUUGGACCGUGUUCAAAUCUUGGCUCAACGGGAUCCGUGGUUGAAAAUUGCGCAGAUCAUUGUACAUACCGGAAUGUUGGCGAGAGAUGAUCCUUACAAUGAAUACCUCCAAGCCUACUAUCAACCGUAUGAGCGCUACAUCGGGCGAAUGCAGCAAAUGUUCCCCAACGCAACAAUGCCUCGCUUUAGACGACAAUAUGAUUCCGAUCAAUUCAAAUUGCCGUUUGAGAAAAAAGUUGACAAUGGAGUGAUCACUUUGAAAGAUUUUUCCCAACUUCACUCAUUGAGCAAGGACGUUUGUGGGGAGAUUUUUGCGUGUCCUCCAUGUGAUGAGAGCUCUUCACCAAAUACUAGUCAAAGUAGUCUGAGUGAGAAUACGAAUUCUGGAGAGGCCAAUGAUGGACAUGGACAUUCAACUUCAUCCUCUUCCUCUUCCUCUUCCUCUUCCCCAUCUUCUUCAGCAAAAAUCGGUGAUUAUGAAUACGAGAUCACUGGGGAUCCACCAGGCUUGGUGAUUAACGCAAGCCCAGCCUCCAAAAAGCACAAGAAGGAAAGUCGAAGUACUUUGGGAGAAGAAAGUGAAGAGACAACAACAAAUCAAGCAGCUGAUUAUGAUUUGGAGGAUAAUGCAAUCAACGAGACACCGAAAUCAAGAAUCUCGAAAGAUUUCGAGCUCGACUUUAGUGAAAAUGAGAGCAGUAGAAAGGUGAGAAAGUCUGUGAAGAGAAGCCGAGUGAAGAGAGAAGUCUUGUCACAAGAACAAUGCGUUUGCCCAAGAUCGAAAGAGAAGACAGCUGAUGGUUGUUCUGGAUCUCAAUCGUCUGGUGGUUGUGGUGGAAAUCAAAUGCCAGAGAUCCAGUACUCUUAUGAUCCGAUGGGAAACGGCCCUCCAGCAAUUCCUCCAAAUUGCCCGGGAAUGGUUGGGCCAUGCGGCCAGCUAUCGAUGUCUUCACCUUGUGGAUCUCCAUGCGAAAUGAAUCAGAUCCGAUACAGUGGAUAUGGCUCAUACUAUCAACAACCAAUUGGCCCUUGUGGUCAAAUAAGUACUGGAUGUCAGCAACAAGCGACCCAGUACUAUUCACCUUGCUCCGGAGGAUGUCAACAGCCACAAGGCUGGUACUACCCGUAUGAUCGAACACCAUUAGCUCCAGCUCCACCCGAGGAAACUUCAUUCAGUGAAGAUGAGAAGAAACCGCAAACUGCUCCAAAGAAGCUAAUCCCGAUCGAUUCCGUUGAUCGACCUGAAGCACCUCCGGUUCCAGAUCCUAAAUCAUCCGACUUGACGUCAACUUUCAACAAUUUUUUCAAAAACACCGAGAAAACCGAUCAAUUUGUGCAAAAGCCACGGAGUAUCAGUGAAAACAUUGCUGAGGACACCAAUGAAGUGGCAAAAUCUAUUGCUGAGCUGAGCACUGAUGCUCCAUCUGAAGAAAGUUAUGCAAAGAUGCACGGGAAACCGACUCAAAACGAGAUUCGACCGAUUCAACAAAGAAGUGUGAAUCCAUUUCCAAUCCCUCUCUUCCAAUCCCUCGAUUCCAAGCCACCAGCGCUAGACAAUCUUCUCUCAAACAUUGUCUCUGCUAAAAGCUAUCAAGAUUAUAUGGAUGGGAGCACAACAGAAAUAAAACCAAAAUUGGAAAGACAAUCUGUCAUUCGAAAGUAUUCCGGUCGAUCACCGAUCAAGCCGCAAAAAGCUUUGAGGAAAGUGGAUACAGCAGAGGGUGAAAGUCUGGAAGUAAUCAAGGAAAGUCAUGCAGUCAACUCUGUGAAGCUCCCACCGCCCACUCGAGAAUCGAUCGUUGAAAAUAUGGCUCUAGAGAAGUCAAGGACUGCAAUUGCGCUGGAAAGGGGAAAUCGAAGCAAACGACAAGUUUCUAAGCAGAGAGGAAUUACUCAAACAAAUAACAGGAAACGAAAUACGAAAUCAAAAUGUGUGAUUCGUGGAGUCGAUCUGGCCGUCUACUUGGACGAUUCUUCGGCAAUGAGCCAAGAAUCAUUUGAUAUCUCAAAACUCUUUCUCAAAGAAUUGCACAAAAUGAUGGAAAAGAAUCUAGAAAAAUGUGAAAUGAUUUCACGGAUCACAGUUCUCAGCAACACUGCUGGUGGUGGUGUUCGUAGUAGCACUCUGUUUGAUGUUCAUGCUUCGAAAAAACUCUUUGAUUCAAAUAUUGACUCGAUUAAACAUGCAAAAUGUAAUCUUCGAGAAGAGAAGUGUUCGAUGAGCAUAUUUGAGGCCUAUAUAGCGGCUACAGAUAUUCUGACAGAAGAGAAGACUGACAGGAAAAAGGUUCUCCUUGUCAUGACUGAACGAAAUCCCAAGCAAAUCCUUUCAAUCCGCUACUCACUCAUGAGAGCGAUGAACUACGCCGAGAAAAACGGAGUACUCGUCCAUUUCUCUGGGACACCGCUUGAUCCAAUGUCUCUACUCCGAGUCAGCUCUUUCUUCUCUCCACUCUUUCCCAAUUUCCAGAAUAUCUACCCAGAAUACAUUUGCGAUCAAUUGACUGUCUCCGAUGAUCAGCUGAUUCUAAAGAAAAACUAUUGUCCAAAGAAAAAUUCGAUUAUUAAU